AUGGCCGAGCCGGGCGAGCGUCACGGGGGGGUGCCUGGGACUGCGGCGCUGAGGGCUGUGGAGACGGUCCCACGUCACCUGGAGAGCAACUCCGAGACAUUCAGCUUCGCACCCCCCGUUUCCGCACAGCAGUGGAUGGAAGUGUCGAUGUUUUGCUUACAGAACCGACACGUUCCCUUAAAGCGGCUGCUGCAGAUGCUGGAGGACACCGCAAAGGCUCUGAUGGAUGAAAAGCCGCUCAAUGGUCAAUCCAGCCCUCUUCCUCGCGGUAAAUGGUAUGAAGGCGAUGACGACGACAGCCACAGGACAUGUGAAACAUCGGAUGCGGUUUCUACAGAAGCUAGCUCAACGGUUUCUUCCAUUUCCACUCCACAACGACAGUUGGCAGCACGUUUUUUCAUGUUGGCUUCUCAUCUUGGAAUAAAAAGGGGAACCGUAUCUUCCCUACGUGCCGGUGUACGUCUAGCGGAAAUGGCGGUUGAUGCACACCGUUGCGCCCUAACCACCACCCACCUUGCGUGGGCAUGUUAUUAUCUUGGUUCUGUGGUGCAAGAGAGAGAGGGUCGGAGCACACUGGAGACAAUGGCAGGGAAACUGGUGAGAGGUACACUGGAGAUUAUUGCACGAGAAGCUAACGCACUUCCUACGGAUUUUGUUCAGCUUGUCAAACUUGCGUGGCUCAUGGCUCUUCUCGGUGAGAUACAAAGUGCUUUGACGUUGGCACAGAGGUUGGUGGGUCAAAACCGCGCGGAUGCAAACGCAUUGGUGCUUCUUUCUCUUUUAUUCUCCGCUACCGGAGAGUAUGAUAAGGCCCUGGAAGUGGCAAAUCAUACAGAGCAUGUGCACCCGCAGUACAUCUUAGGGGGAAUUGUUUUAACAAUGAUGCGGUAUGUGACGAAUGACGUUCAUCUUCAUAAACGUGUGGGUUGCGAGGAAUUGCUGGCAAUCCUUGUGGCACGUGUUCAAGCGACGACCCAGUACACAUCAGAGCGAGCGGACUCUGAUGAAUUUCGCCUCGUACCGGAUAUUGGCACGACAGUUAUUGCGGACGGAUGCUGGAGCAGUCGCUUCCGCGGGGCGUCUCGUGUGGCGGGUCACUGGGCUCUUUUGGCGUAUGUUGCGGUGGAGGUUGGCUGCACCUCCAUCGCAGAGAUUGCGGUUAGGGCGGGAUUAGAGUUUGUGGGGGAGGCGAGGGAGGAGCACCGCAAGGCCUAUGCCGACCUCAUUUGCUGUUCCGUGAGAAUAAAGAUUGAUCGAAUGGAGAAAAUUGUGGAGACGGUUCGUCAGCGUCACAUGACGGCUGGUGUCGGGGACGUCGUUUCAGUUCUGAGGGAGUUUGAGGACGAGCAGCUCAUUCGGGAGCAGGGAACUCUGCUUGAUGAACAAGAGGUAAGGUCGCUGCAUUCCUUGUUAUUUACGGCCCUUGAAGUAUGCACGGCACAUGCGGAUUCGUAUGUCCAGCUGGGCCGCCUUUAUCUUCUUGAAGCCCUCAAGGCAAACCAGCCGCAGUCUCUCCGCACCACGCAUUUGGUUGAGGCGUCACACUACUUCCAAUUGGCCAUCGACUCUACCUCCACCCAUACUGCUGCGUACGAGGGCAUGGGCCGCGUUCGUGAGGCGCAGGGUGCGAUGGAGAUGAGUUUAGACUUCCUUUCCUCUGCAGCAGAACUCGCCGCUCGGCAACCAGUGAUCCCGUUUGAGAGGCUUUUGUAUAUUUUCCCGUAA